CUCUCCUGUCUCUCCCUCCCUCUGUUUUCGGCAGCGAAAUCUCGGACGGAAAGCUAAAGUCAAGGAGAAAAAGACGACGAAGAAGAAGCCCAUUAAAGUUCGUUUAUUACAUUUCGUAUUGGAAGCCAUUCCCUUUCUCAUCCGCAUCAUCACCUUCUUCUCCUUUCCAGAUUCUCGUAAAGAGGACAAAGUAAAGGAGGAGAAGGUUUGCAUUUACUUUCUCAUUGCCCUUGGACCAGACAUUCUCGGACCCACCCAUUUAAUCUCUCCGUCCGUCUGUGUCGGGUUCUUGCGCUGGCGGGGGUGGUAUCUAUUGCAGAGAAACGGAGAGAAGAAGAGGAUCGCCUUCUUCUAGAUUUGUCCUACGUACAUUUGGAACAUCAGGCUUCUUGCAAGUUUUUCGGGAAAUAUUUGAUUCUUAUUCUGAGUAGGGAACACCAGGCUUCUUCCAGGAAUACUAUCAUUAUAAUAUUAUAAUGGGUGCUUGUGUAUCAACAUCCUCUAGAAACAUACCAUCACAGAAAAAACACCAAAAAUUCCAUGGAAAGAUUUCUAAUUCAAUCCCUAAAUUCGCAAAGAAAAGGAAUAGUUAUGAAGGAAAUCGGGUAAGAGAUUAUGCUGUUAGUAAGUUUGUUCACAUGGACUUUGAGAAUGGUGCAACAACUACUUGCAGAAGAUCUGAGGUCUCCAAUUCGACAUUCCAUCUCACCCAGCUACAAUGGCACCACAGUCAGUAUGAUGCGAAUGUAAUUUGCCAAGAGGAUGCUUGGUUUGACUCAGUUAGUAUUCUGGAAUCUGAUUCAGAUGAUGACUUCAGAAGCGUAAAUGGAGAAGCCGCAGAUGGAUUUCCCUCUGUAAGCAAUGCAAUUGGGAACAAAUCUAGUGGCCAAGUGCUUCAGUUUGAAAGAUCAGCAUGCUUUAUGGAUAGUAGGUGUAACUAUGAAGAGUACCACGAAAGCUAUCUCAAAAUCGAUGGAAGUAAAUCAGAGAAAUUUCGUAGCCAGGGUUAUGAGCUUUCUUGCUCAGGGAAGGCUGAUGAAGUUUGCAGCAAGAGGAAGAAAAUGUUGGAUCAUUCUUAUGGAAGCUUCAAAGGUCUUCAAGAGGAUAGACGAGAUUCUGAAGAGAAAAUUCAAGGGUUACCUCGGUUGGUUUCUUCUAUGAGUUUCAAUGACAAGAUUCUAAACCCAUCAAGUACAGGUCGACUGUCUCAGCGGAAGCACUCAGCAGUUUUCAGGCUUUCUUUCAAGAGAAGAUCCUGUGAUGGAGAAGAAACCAUAGAACACUGUCAAUCAAAAAAGUACAUGUAUCGUCCCAGAGCGGGACAUACAAUUCCACAUUGUGCAGGGGAGAAGCCGACCCCAGGAUGUUGGUCUGAGAUUCCACCCUCAACCUUCAAACUCCGUAGUGAAAGCUAUUUCAAAGAUAAGCGGAAGUCACCCUCUCCAAAUUACAGUCCAUAUACUCCAAUAGGUGUUGAUUUAUUUGUCUGCCCAAAAAAGAUACACCACAUUGCCCAAUAUCUUGAGCUUCCUAAUGUGAAAACAGAUGGCGAAGUGCCUCCACUUCUUAUUGUAAAUAUCCAGAUGCCUACUUAUCCUGCUGCAAUGUUCCUUGGUGAUAGCGAUGGGGAAGGGAUGAGUCUUGUGCUAUACUUCAAAGUAUCUGAGAGUUUUAAUAAAGACAUCUCUUCUCAGUUUCAGGAUAGCAUCAAGAAAAUGGUGGAAGAUGAGAUGGAGAAGAUUAAAGGGUUUACAAAAGACUCCACUGUUCCUUUCAGAGAAAGGCUGAAGAUCAUGGCUGGUGUAGUUAAUCCCGAGGAUCUUCACUUGAGUUCGGCUGAAAGGAAGCUUAUACAUGCAUAUAAUGAAAAACCAGUCCUUUCCCGCCCUCAGCACAAUUUUUUUAGGGGUUCUAACUACUUUGAAAUUGACCUGGAUAUUCAUCGCUUCAGCUACAUUUCAAGGAAGGGGCUUGAAGCAUUCCGAGAGCGCUUGAAAAAUGGAACACUUGAUUUAGGUUUAACAAUCCAGGCACAAAAGCCGGAAGAACUGCCAGAGCAAGUGCUGUGCUGCUUGAGACUAAACAAGAUAGAUUUCAUUGAUCAGGGUCAAAUACCGACACUAGUGACCCAAUGACUUGUAUGAAUGCUGAAAUGCAGGGUUCGGCGUAUCAAUUUGAUGUUGAUGGACACGACACCUAUGUAAUUGGGGAUCAUCGGGAUAUCCAUUCUGUGCGCACCAGCCUUCAAACGAAAAUCCAAAAUGACAGAGUGUUGUGUUUAGAAUCAAUAAUCAUGCUAAUAUCAGCAUGUUUGUGCAACCGUGUAUAUGUUAUAUAUCGUGUUACUAUGACUAUGAGCCUUGGCUUGUCUUGGAAACAAAAACCCAUUUAGGACAAAGAUUUGACAUUGGAUCACAUAUACUUGUACACUACGGCUACAUUUGAUUGUAAGACUCAACAGAGUCUAGUCUAAUUUUAAGCUGAGUUUAACAUUCAAAUAUCAAACUCUUAAAUUAUUAAAUUCGUUUCAAUUCAAAA